AUGACAAUAGCUCACCAUACUAUGGACCACCACACCGAACUCGUCUAUCUGAAUGAUGCCUCCCUACGAGAGUUGACAACCACAAUCCUCUCUUGUCAGCCGAUAUCGCAGCUAGCAGAAAACGAGAGAAGUCUUGCCAAAACUCUGGAUGCAAAAUCCUUCGCCCUCAUCACACGCCAAACGGUGUUUUACCCACAGGGCGGUGGUCAGCCCAGCGACACCGGCGUAAUCACACUCGCAGGCACAAAACAAGGCUCUGCUUUCAAAGUCAUGCUUGUUCGGAAAACCCUCAAUGGUACUGUUCUUCAUUUGGGAGAAUUUACGGAUCAGCCUAGUUUUACGCAUGGCCAGCUAGUUUCGCAGAGCAUUGACUACGCAAAACGAGACUAUCAUUCCCGGCUUCAUACCGCUGGGCAUAUCAUCGGACUGGCCAUGCGACUUCUUUCUUCUGUACUUGGGGAAAAGAAAAAAGUCAAGGCGAAUCAUGCACCGGGACAAGCCUGUAUGGAGUUUGAGGGCCUGCUGUACAAUGAGCAUAAGUCUGUUAUCGAAGAUAAGGUCAAUGAAUUGGUAAACAUGAAACUUCCUGUGACUACUGAGUGGUGGGAUGAAGACCGUAUUCAACAAGCUGACCUCAAUAUGGUGGAAGGACUGCAGCUGGGAAAGAACGGUCAGGCGCGGAUUGCGCUAAUAGGGGAUAUCGAUGCGAACCCCUGUGGUGGAACGCACGUAGAACAUACGGGCUUGACAGGGUUUAUCACUAUACGAAAGAUUGCUAGGCAGAAGGGGAUCAGCAAGCUGUCCUACGAGGUGCCGGCGUUAUUAUAA